CUUCCUUCUAUUUUUUGCCCUUUGUUGGGUCUGACUCGGAAGAGUGACACUUCCUUCUCAGCCAGAAUAUUUUUAUCUGGAACUGCUGUCGUUCUUCUGACGAUGCUGCCGCUGACUGUUUCAUCAUCUAGUCCAACCCGUUAGUCCAACCCGUGUGUGUGGAUAUCCACAAGGUUCCGGCAAUAGCUUUGCAGGAGAAAGCUUCACAGCCUCAACCAUGAAAAGCAGUCACCUAGGGCAUGGAGCUGGAGAACCAUGAACAGCCUGUGGUGCUGAGAGAGGACAACUGCCGCAGGCGCAGGAGGAUGAAGCCACGCAGCACGGCGGCCAGCCUGUCCUCCAUGGAGCUCAUCCCCAUUGAGUUCGUGCUGCCCACCAGCCAACGCAACACCAAGACCCCUGAAACGGCGCUGCUGCAUGUGGCCGGCCACGGCAACGUGGAGCAGAUGAAGGCCCAAGUGUGGCUGCGCGUGCUGGAGACCAGCGUGGCCGCCGACUUCUACCACCGGCUGGGCCCCGACCACUUCCUCCUGCUCUACCAGAAGAAGGGGCAGUGGUAUGAGAUCUAUGACAAGUACCAGGUGGUGCAGACCUUGGACUGCCUGCACUACUGGAAGGUGCUGCACCGGAGCCCCGGGCAGAUCCACCUGGUGCAGCGGCACUCGCCCUCAGAGGAGACGCUGGCCUUCCAGCGCCAGCUCACUGCCCUCAUCGGCUACGAUGUCACAGAUAUCAGCAAUGUGCACGACGACGAGUUGGAGUUCACACGCCGCCGCCUGGUCACUCCGCGUAUGGCCGAGGUGGCUGGCCGCGACCCCAGGCUCUACGCCAUGCACCCCUGGGUGACGUCUAAGCCCCUCCCUGAGUACCUGCUGAAGAAGAUCACCAACAACUGCAUCUUCAUCAUUAUUCACCGCAGCACCACCAGCCAGACCAUCAAGGUCUCGGCUGAUGAUACCCCUGGCACCAUCCUCCAGAGCUUCUUUACCAAAAUGGCCAAGAAGAAGUCCCUGAUGGAUAUCCCCGAGAGCCAGAAUGAACAGGACUUCGUGCUGCGUGUCUGCGGCCGCGAUGAGUACCUGGUGGGCGAGACUCCCAUCAAAAACUUUCAGUGGGUGCGGCAGUGCCUUAAGAAUGGUGAAGAGAUUCACCUGGUGCUUGACACUCCGCCGGACCCAGCCCUGGAUGAGGUGAGGAAGGAAGAGUGGCCACUGGUGGAUGACUGCACAGGAGUCACUGGCUACCAUGAGCAGCUAACCAUCCACGGGAAGGACCAUGAGAGCGUGUUCACUGUGUCCCUGUGGGACUGUGACCGCAAGUUCAGGGUCAAGAUCAGGGGCAUCGAUAUCCCCGUCCUGCCCCGGAAUGCAGAUCUCACGGUUUUUGUGGAGGCAAACAUCCAGUAUGGGCAGCAAGUCCUUUGCCAAAGAAGAACCAGCCCCAAACCCUUCACAGAGGAGGUGCUCUGGAAUGUGUGGCUUGAGUUCAGUAUCAAGAUCAAAGACUUACCCAAAGGGGCUCUGCUCAACCUCCAGAUCUACUGUGGCAAAGCACCAGCUCUGUCUGGUAAGGCCUCUGCAGAGACCCCCAGCCCCGAGUCCAGAGGCAAAGCUCAGCUACUCUACUACGUGAACUUGCUGCUCAUCGACCACCGAUUCCUCCUGCGCCACGGCGAGUAUGUGCUCCACAUGUGGCAGUUAUCUGGGAAGGGGGAAGACCAAGGGAGCUUCAAUGCAGACAAGCUCACAUCUGCCACCAACCCCGACAAGGAAAACUCAAUGUCCAUCUCCAUUCUCCUGGACAAUUACUGUCACCCCAUAGCCUUGCCUAAGCAUCAGCCCACCCCUGACCCGGAAGGGGACCGCGUACGAGCAGAAAUGCCCAACCAACUUCGGAAGCAACUGGAGGCAAUCAUAGCUACUGAUCCACUUAACCCUCUCACUGCGGAAGACAAAGAAUUGCUUUGGCAUUUCAGAUAUGAAAGCCUUAAGGAUCCCAAAGCAUACCCUAAGCUCUUUAGCUCAGUGAAAUGGGGACAGCAAGAAAUUGUGGCCAAAACAUACCAAUUGUUAGCCAGAAGGGAGGUCUGGGAUCAAAGUGCUUUGGAUGUUGGAUUAACAAUGCAACUCCUAGACUGCAACUUUUCGGAUGAAAACGUAAGAGCCAUUGCAGUUCAGAAACUGGAGAGCUUGGAAGAUGAUGACGUUCUGCAUUACCUGCUUCAACUGGUCCAGGCUGUGAAAUUUGAACCAUACCAUGACAGUGCCCUUGCCAGAUUUCUGCUGAAGCGUGGUUUAAGAAACAAAAGAAUUGGUCACUUCUUGUUUUGGUUCUUGAGAAGUGAGAUUGCCCAGUCGAGACACUAUCAGCAGAGGUUUGCAGUGAUCCUGGAGGCCUACCUGAGGGGCUGUGGCACGGCCAUGCUACGGGACUUCACUCAACAAGUCCAAGUAAUCGACAUGUUACAAAAAGUCACCAUUGAUAUUAAAUCACUCUCUGCCGAAAAGUAUGAUGUCAGCUCCCAAGUUAUUUUCCAACUAAAGCAAAAGCUUGAAAUCCUGCAGAAUUUGAAUCUCCCCCAAAGCUUUAGAGUUCCAUAUGACCCUGGACUGAAGGCAGGCGCACUGGUGAUUGAAAAAUGUAAAGUGAUGGCCUCUAAGAAAAAACCUCUGUGGCUUGAGUUUAAAUGUGCUGACCCUACAGCUCUAUCAAAUGAAACAAUUGGAAUUAUCUUUAAACACGGUGAUGAUCUACGCCAAGACAUGCUUAUUCUACAGAUUCUACGAAUCAUGGAGUCCAUUUGGGAGACUGAAUCUUUGGAUCUGUGCCUCCUGCCAUAUGGUUGCAUUUCAACUGGUGACAAAAUAGGAAUGAUUGAGAUUGUGAAAGAUGCCACAACGAUCGCCAAAAUUCAGCAAAGCACAGUGGGCAACACGGGAGCCUUUAAAGAUGAAGUGCUGAGUCACUGGCUCAAAGAAAAAUGCCCUAUUGAAGAAAAGUUUCAGGCAGCAGUGGAGAGAUUUGUUUAUUCCUGUGCUGGCUACUGUGUGGCAACCUUUGUUCUUGGGAUAGGCGACAGACACAAUGACAAUAUUAUGAUCUCAGAGACAGGAAAUCUAUUUCAUAUUGACUUUGGGCACAUUCUUGGGAAUUAUAAAAGUUUCCUGGGCAUUAAUAAAGAGAGAGUGCCAUUCGUGCUAACUCCAGACUUCCUGUUUGUGAUGGGGACUUCUGGAAAGAAGACAAGUCUACACUUCCAGAAAUUUCAGGAUGUGUGCGUCAAGGCUUACCUAGCCCUUCGUCAUCACACAAAUCUACUGAUCAUUCUGUUCUCCAUGAUGUUGAUGACAGGAAUGCCCCAGUUAACCAGCAAAGAAGAUAUCGAAUACAUUCGGGAUGCCCUAACAGUAGGGAAGAGCGAGGAGGAUGCUAAAAAGUAUUUUCUGGAUCAGAUUGAAGUUUGCAGGGACAAAGGAUGGACUGUGCAGUUUAACUGGUUCCUACAUCUUGUUCUUGGCAUCAAACAAGGAGAGAAACAUUCAGCCUAAUACUUUGGGCUAGAAUUAAAAAGCUUUAAGUAGCACAACAGUCAUUGAACUUGAUUUAAAAUGCCCUAGAACAGUAUGAAAGCUGCCGCUUAAGAAACAUAGUUCUUUUCCUAGCUGAACUCUUCACUGAAGAAAUAUCGGCCUGAUUGUUUGUUUAAGUGCUGUUCAGUUUUAGGUUUAUUUGCAGGUUUGUUUGUUUCUCCUUUGUCUCAGUGAUGUUGGAGAACAUUCUAAGUUUAAACAGCCUAAUUACCCCCUCACUGUGACUGAUGUUUUGACUAUCAUAUUAUUGGGUGCUUCCCGAAAUUCUUCAGAAUCAUUGAUAACAUCUCUUCAUCUGGGUUUCCUCUCAAUUUUGGUUAUCCUUGACUUUCUCAAAUUCUUUAUGGGAAAAAAAAAACACAUGCUCAUUGUGACCUUUGUCUCAUUCCUCUAAUGCUUCUAAACAUCCCCUCUGUGUCUGCAGAUGUUACUAAUGUGCCAAAAGCAAGGAAAGCGAGCUCCUCUUUUCAGGGUCUUUUGUCAUCAGAUUCUAUUACCACUGAGACUCACAAACACCAAAUGGAAAAUUGGAACCUCUGUGCCCUGGCCCUCAACUGCUGCUCUGGUUCCACGAUUAUGAAUUGCAAAAUUUGUCUCAACUCUGCCCACAGAGUAAACCUCUCAAGUACAAUUAUGAUAGCCUGCUUCCUCACAGAAGCAGGAAAUAACCAAAGGGACUCAUCUGGGCCUUGAUAUUCCUCCCCCAAGCCCUCCCCACCUUCCUCCCUGUCUCUCUUCUUCCUCACUUCCAACCUUCUCAAAGUUCUUUAUGCCGAGUUGUGAAAUUUUCAAGAACACAUUUACCCUGGAACUCAACAAUUAGUUGAAAAACAAUUUCUCCUCUAGGGAUACUAGAAUUGUAGGUACUUGUAGAGAUGUUUGUUGGGGUUUUUGAAAGGUACAUUAUUAAGGGAGAGAAUCUAGAAAAUAUGCAUGAAUUUCCAAAUGCCUUAAUUUUAAAUUUUGGCCUGAGAAGUUUUUUCUUUCUUUUUUAAUGAAAGAAGAUAUUUAAUAUCUAAAAAGAUCUCCAGGUUAGGAAGAACACUACUUGCCCUAUGCAUCUCACAACUUAAAGGAACUUUAUACUCUGACACAGUCUUCAAAUUUCCUAAAAAUAGUUAAAAUGUCUUCUUUAAAAACUAUUUUCAUCUCUUAAACAUUUUACUAUUUAUUGGAAGUGUUAACAGGGAAAGAUGAUUAUUUAUAAAAUAUUUUAGAAUUAUCUAUAGUUAAUACUUGACAUAGAAAUAACUGUUAAUGGUGUCUGUGCUUAAGUAAUCAUGCAUGCUAAGUCACUUCAGUCAUGUCCAACUCUUUGUGACCCCAUGGACUGUAUAGCUCACCAGGCUCCUCUGUCCAUUGGAUUCUCCAGGCAAGAAUACUGGAGUGAGUUGCCAUGUCCUC